AUGUGGAUGAUAGAGAUUAUUACGCUCGAGGAGGAAUACACCCCUGAGGAAGUGGAAGACGGGGAAAUAUCAAUCGUUUUUUGGUCAUUCGCUUUUUUCUUUCUGCUCGUUGUAACCGUGUGGUUUUACAUAACACAGAUCGCUCCGAUCCGAAAGUCCGCCGGUCGACAGGUCACCGAAGAAAUCGAUCGAGAAGAGGUGGUAGCGAAGAGAAUUCUAGAACAUUUGAGCGAAGAUUUGCAGUUUAAGAGCGAUAUUUCUAAAGAAUCUAGUACAAAAACUGUGGCUUCUGUCUCUAGAAAAAAAGAAGAAGCUUCAAGCGUUUACGAGUACGUAGACGACGAAAUUCACAUUCACUAUUCAAGCUACGGCUGGGUUGAUGACAAUGACGGGUCGUCUGAAAGCUCGAGUGGCUUGGCAGCCGGGAGACGGCACUCGAUGGAAAAUAUGGAUCUUAUUUUCCCCGGAUUUUUACCAAGUAUCGUCGAAGAGGAAGAAAUGGAUGGGGAAACUGAUACAGAAAGUAGCGAGAAGUCUCAGGAAACUGAUCUCGACAGCUUUCAACAAGACUUGCUCAAUUUGUCAACUGCAAACACUGAAGGUCAUGUUAAUAAAAAUGGCGGGUUCUCAGAAAUAUCAACAGACAUGGAAUGUGAUUAUUCUAAGACGGGAACGAAAAUUACUACAGCCUUUGACAGACAGAAGCCAGAGAUAAAAGAUGGUAUUCUGCCACUAAAACCAGCUGAGACCAACUCACUUUACUCAACUGAAACUGUUGACAUCACAGCUAAAGUUUACACGGUUCCCGAGCCGAUUAAAACAGAACUAAAUGGCACGUCUUUGCUAUCUCGCCAAAAUGACAAUGAUUCUCAAGUAUUGGACACAGAAAAUGGCAAAAGUAUCCCUUUAAUUGGCCCAGCACUUCAUAGCGCCAUGAAAGAAAGCUCGAAAACAUCCAAAUAUGAAGAAGUUGCAAAUUUCACUUCCGGUAAUUUCGACGCGUGCUCGGGCAAAGGUAAGAAAGAAACACAACAUGAAGAUGUUCCUAACCUGAACGGCGAGGUGAUCGAAAGCACCACAGUGUUUACAAUACCUAACUGUGAUCUUACGCCAACGCUCGAACAAGAUGCAAAUGAGAUCGAGGAACCCAAAUUAUGCGCACUUAGUGAGCACAGGGUUUCCUGUGCUACCGAGAAUGGCGUCGAGGACGAUUUCACGCGUGAUAUCCGCUCCAAACAUUCGAAGAAUGAAUUUAAUGCCCAUGACAACAUUGCAGAGGAUCUGUACACGAGACUUAGUAAGGCUCCUACGGAAGACACCAGCGGAUUAACAAGUAUUACGAUGAACAUUAACAAAAGCGAUCUCGGUGAAUUUAAAAUGAACGGUUUUGUAGACGAAAUAGCGGAAUCAAAUAAUCACACGACCCACUCGUGGACGUUUUUUUCAAUGUCUGGCAGCGAUGAAGCAAAUACGCUAGAGGAGGGAGUUUCCAGUCACAAACAACAAUCGGAUGAAGUCGAAGUUCCCAAAAUAAUUAUCGACUCUUAUGACGAUGGUUUACAAAGUGAUAAGUUAAUUCCUAAUGAGGAAUCAGUCGACAUGAAUGGAAAUGAAACGGCUUCGCGGUAUGCGGACUCGUUCGUUAGCGACACGUUUGAAACCGACAUUGAUAUUGACGAUGUUGACUUGAUGGAUAGCGACGAACUCGGAGAAGAAGGUGAAUUUAGCAUCUAUUUUAAGAGACAUGUUUCUGUGACAGACCUAGACAAGAUAAUCUUAGAAGAGGGACAAACCGAGGCAAAUGAAUUGUCCAGUGAAGUUGUGUUAGAGACGGAUCUCUCUGAGGAAGAGACACACAAUUCCGCGGAGGACGUUGUUGGUAUUUCAACAACUGAUACUUUCAUGUCAGAAGAUCAAGAGACAAAUAGCUCUCAUUGUGCAACUGAGACAACAUCCUCCGAAGAUGAAUCAAAUAUGAAUAUUCAAAAAUCAAUUAUCAUCACUUCAACUCUAAGCGGUUGUUUAGACAAACAGCAAAGUAUCGAGGACCUCGAAGAGGCUGAAUUAAGCGAUCCUCUACAUAAGAAUUACGCCGUGGAAACACUUAUGGAUGACAUUUCAUUUCAAAAGGAUGGUGUUUAUGGUGAAUUAGUGUUGUCUAAGCUGAACGAGAGCCAUGGUGAUCAACCCGAAGACAUUCAUUUUGACUCUUUUGGCGAGGAUUGGUCAGUAUUUGAGGAAGAAUACAGACGAGUACGGAAACCUUUCCUAUUUACGAUCCCAGAAGACGAAGAGAUCGGAUUGGCAGAGGUAAGCCGGGGAAGAAAAAGCUAUCCGUGGGUCCAGCCCGAAACAACCAAUUACAGUUAUGAUAAUGAGUCGAGUACCUCCAAGGAAACGUCAAUGGAACUCAAGGCUCCCAUUGCUACGGUGGAUGCAAGUGAUUCAGAAUACGAUCUCGAUCUCGAGGAAGAUUACAGCGGAUCAGACACAGAGAAACCAAGCGAGGAAAUUAUCGCUGUCAGUGUUGCAAAUAAUGCAGAGACAAAACCAGGCGACCUUCUCACUCACGAUGACGUGACAGAGAAUGGCGUGACAGACAAAAGUGACGAGGAAAAAGAGUUUGAAGAGCCUGAUUUAUUGGCCGAAGUUUUCGCUAAUAAAGACGUUAUUGCAAAUGGUGAUUUGGAUGAUGUUUUGAAUUUUGUAAACGGCGAAGAAAUGAACUUUAAAGGACCUGUAACCGUCUCUGACAAAAUAAUUUAUCCAAAUGAUGGCGUGAUAGAGAACCGUGACAUGGAAAGCGACUACAUUACUGAAAAUCGCGCCACAGAAAGCCUUACGGAUACUGCCGGAGUUGAGGAGGCAACUUUAAAGAAGCUUGAAAAACCAGACAUUGUCACUGUUUCUGGUGUGACUGCAACUAAUGGAAAUGAUGUCGCGUUAGAUAAUACAAGAUCUGUGAAAAUUGUGAAGAAAAUCAAGAUAGUUGUCAGGAAAGAAGUGAAGGUCACAAAAGAUGAAAAAGCUAUGCUUUCAAGCCCUAAAAAGUUGAUUGGAGACCCUGAUAAUCUAACGAAUUGCAAGGAUAAAAAGGAAGAAAAAGUGGAUGCAGGUGAUGAAACUUUUAAGAAAGAUGUUAAUAAGGCAGAAGUAGUUCUGGAGGGUAGCGAAGCAGAGAAGCACUCUGUUUACAAUUCCGCAACGACCCAGAUUGGUCCAGUUAGCCAUUUUAUGCAGCCUUUGAACUUUGUGGAAGGACAGCACAACAUCCCUCGAGUUAACGCUGAAAAAAUGGAAACAACAGCUAAAAAAGAACUUUACACGCCGCCUAAACCUGAACUAAAGGUCAUCGAGGAACCAAUUUUGCCCUCGGAAGUCGUUACUCCAGAUCAAGACGUCAGGCAACGUGUCACACAACUUGUCACGCGUCCACUUUCGAUAAGUGAACAAACGAAGGUUGCACCUAAGGUUGAGCCCCAGUCUGUCGAACCGGUGAUAGAUGCACGUAUUUCGACCGUGGAAGCCUCUCCCCCAAACCAAGACAUCUCAGAGCAAGUCACACAAUACUUGACCCAGACUGAAGAAAUCACAAGAAAAAGUACCCUUUUUGAGCAGUCUGUAAAGGCACCCAUACGGAAAGAUGAAAAGAAAGCCGAAGUAAUUACUGUGCCUGAGCUAAUCAAGGAAAAUGCCUCUUCUGAGAAAGUUGCUGAUAUGAAGAGUAACACCAAGAAAUAUCCAGAGCUGUCACCCACACAGAAAGAUCAAACGCACAUCAAGCCUCAUCUCGAGCUAAGAAGCGUGACCAAGACUAUCGAGUCACGUACUUCAUCAGUGGAAACCCUCUUCAAGCGUGAUGUGGAGCAAACCUUGUCGCAAGUACCCAAACAGAAGGAUGAGGCGAAAGUGAACGGGCUACCAGAAACCAAGAGUGACGCAGUAAAUGCAUCACCAUCCGUGACACAAGACAUUCCAAAAAAUGACAUCAAGGAUAAUUUGGCGAAACUUUCUUCAGAUACGAACGGAGAAAAAGCUGUCCCUAAACCCGAUUCAAGUAGCGAUCCCAAAAGUAUCAAAGCACGAGCGUUACCAAUUGAACGCGACGUUACAAGGAGUAAAGGCACGCAAGAGUCCACUAAAUUACCCGCAUCGAAUGAUGAAAGGAGUGCCGACGUUAACUCCGAAGCUAAAGCGACGACCGAGUCACUAGAAACAAGAGCGUCGUCUGUGAAAGUCGAUGUUGCAAAACGUGAUAUGACUUAUCGCAUCACCAGAGUAGGUGAACCAAGUAAAGGGUCAAGCAUCGACUCUUCAACGACACUAGAUAGGGCGCCUGAGAGUGUUAAGGAGACCGCGGCCCUUGCGCCUGCCGGAGUGGAUGCUCCAAAACGGGAAGUCAAACAAUCUUUGGAGAGAAAGCCCUCAAAAGACGAACAAAAAGAAAUCCCUGGCGAAAAGGAGCCGAAAAUUAUGCCCAAGAAACUAAAGGACAGUGAAUCUCCUUUGGAUAAAAAGCAGGAUUUCGACAAACCAACCUCCAUUAAUGGCGAUAAGAAAAAAGAAUCCAUGGCAAAUGAAAUUAAGACUGAUAUAAAGAAUGAACUAGAAACAAAGCCGAGCAGAGCAAAUGUUGGAUUAAAAAUGUUUAUAUCGGGCAAGACCACUAAAGAAGUUCAAAACGCUUCACCGGAUAAAGACACAAAGCCAGCUAUUUUAGAGGAAGAAACUCCUUCAGUGCCCGUGGAAUCACCUGUCGUUACAAUAAGCGUUCAAGGUAAGAACACCACAGCGGAGAGAGAAAGCCGAAGGGUCCGGUCUCCAAGGACAUCACCUACUAAAUCUUUGGAGAAGAAGUCUCAAAAGACGUACCUCUCAUCGCGUAACAUACGACUAAGUAAGAGCCAUGAGGAUCUUAGGUUUGUUGAAAAAGCACCCGAAAUACGGAAGGAUAGUAUCAAAGAGGAAGACCUUAAUGAAGAGGUACCUGAUGCUCAGACGCCUACCAGUAGUUUAGGCUCACCUGCAAACAGUGUCUUCGAGGAUGAUGCAAUCGAGUCGAUGGAGUCUCCAUCUGUUCACACUGCUAAAAUUACCGUGCAAGAGGUCUUAGGCGACAAACAGAGGAUUCUCAUUUUAAACGUCAAGAAGAAAGUGCAUGGAAAAGCAAGAUGGAAAUCUCUUAAUGACCUAGAUUCCCUCAACAAGGCUUUGACGCCCCUCAGGCAAAGUAACGACUUACGGAAUUCAAUGACAAGCCUUCAAGAGGAAGAGGAAAAGGUUGAGGAGGAGGAUGGUCCGAAAGUAGUACCUGUCGUGAAAGUCAAAAGUCGCCACGGUCGACUUUCACUUCCAGAAGUGGGCGAAAGGAGAUCUGAGCAAAAAGUGAUUUCACCUCGCAGAUCACCCAUUCUUAAAGUGACAGCUGUGCAAGACAACGAAUCCGUCCCAGAAAAUGACACGCCGACCAAGAUUAAAGCUAGAGUUAUGCCAGUAUUGUGCGAGGCUGAUGCAGAGAGUGGAGAGACCACUGCAGAAGUUAUAGAAAAGGAACCCGUAAAGCAGGAUGUUAAAACGCGCAUGACCAAGAUAUCACCAAGCGAUCCUGAAACUAGUCUUGGAAAUGCGUUUAAAACGGAGGGAGGUGAUAAAGAGGAUAAAAUGCAAGGGAAAAUACUUCGCGUUUCAAGAGUAUCACCAGUGGUUGAAGCUAUUCCGCGACUAGAGCGCGAAACAGUUACAGAAAUUUCAGAGCCAGCAACCAAGGGGAAUAGGAUUAAAGUUCACGUGGCGCGAGUAACCCCUGUAGAAGAUUCCCGACCAGAGUAUGAUGACACGAUUGUUCGGCCGCAUUUAUCAACGACAACAGAAGCAGGGCCUAUUGCAGAAGUCACUCGCCGUCAGGGUCGCGAGUCUGGAUAUGGAAGCUUAGAAAUAAGAGAUAAUGAUACUGGAGGGAUGAUUCUGUCCAGUGUUCUUGGCAGUGAUCGGACUAAGGCUAUUCCUGCUCAGGAAGAACCCAAGGAACGCAGCUUGAGCAGUCUUAGUAGCUUGGAAGAUGAAUUUUAUGGAGAACCUCUGGGGGAAAGUCGCAUCAUGGUCACGGAUCUAGACGCUUUGUUGGCUCAGAAGGCUGUUCUACAGACAGAGGGAACAUCUCCGCCGCGAAGUCCAGACAAACAGGAGGUCGCCGAGAGGGUUCAAGUGAGAGCGCACAUGGGUCCGGUUCCAAAGAAGGUCAUUCGCAUCAACAGCUAUGAAGAAGAAGAUGGUGUCGUGAUACGCCAGGUCAUUGCCGACGACCCGGUUGUCUUGGAACCUGUUAUUCUCGCGGAGGUAGCUGAUAAGGAAGAAUCCGCUGUGAUAACGGCUUUCCCGGUGAAUGAUGGUUAUGGAGACGAUGAGUUGGAUGAGGUGUUUCUAGAGGAGUACCCCCCAGGAAUUGACGUUAAAAGCGUCGCUAAUUCAUCUCAUUCCUAUAGCAGCGAUGCAGACUCUGAAACAUCAUCUGUGAGUAGCUUACCGCUGAAACAACGACAUCGACACACAAGAUCGUCGCUCGAAGCCGGAAACAUCGGAGUUCGAAAUCGCUCUGAUUCAAGUGGCUCAUCCAAAACAGCAACGCCAGUUGCCGAGCUGGAGAAUGACAAGAGACCAACUUCCUCAGGUUCGACCACACCCGAACUGAAAACGAAUGACAUUUCGCAGAAUGAAUCAUUCUCGUACAGAACACCCGAACACUCUCGUCCUGCAGUUAUCGACGAACCGAGCGAGUUUACGUCCGCUUUUGUUAAGAUUUCACGAACGACGGAGAUUCGUCGUCCUCGUGCAAGGUCGGAACAUUCUCGUCACAAGUCCGACGAAGAGCCUGGCCCGGAAAGUAAACAACAGGGGCUUGGCUUGCAAAGAAAAGGCCUGGGAGCAAGUUUCCAAGACGUGCAGUUACCAGGCCUCGAUAUAGACAAAGAGAGGUUUAAAGAAGCCGCUGAUAGCCGGAAAUCGAUGCCUGAUUUGUCAAGGAAAGGAAACAAGAUCAACGAGUCGCCUUUUUUGCGUGGAUUGAGCGCCCACACACGGAAGUGGCUCAGUCAAAACGUGUGGAUGGACGACAGCGGACACCAAGAUGAAGAAGAUAUGAUGACCUCAGAUUUGUUCCUAUACCCUUCAAAUCGCUUUCAGCCCGGAGCUAACAUUGACGCCAGUUUCUUGUCAUUAGCUGAUGAUAGAGAAAGAGACUUUCCUGAUGACAUAUCAGUGAAUUCAUCAACUUUAUCGACGCGCCCUGGGAGCCCAAUGUCAGAGUUCUCAUUCGCUGGGGAUACGCCCCACAUGGGGUUACGUAGGGGCUCAAUGACUGUCAUCAAGUGUUCUAAUCCUCGAUGUGGGCGAGAGGAGGCUUUAUUUUCUGGCGAGAAAACCACUUACACUUCAUGUCCAGCUUGCUUUACUUACUAUUGCAAUAGAAUGUGCAGGCGCAUUCACUGGUCCGAGCACAAGAAAGUUUGUUUCUUCGGUCGAAUCAACAGCUACAUUCGCUCCUUCAUUUACAUAUGUCACAAGAAAGAAGCUUUGAAAUUCCAGCUCUCUAAAGCGGCUAGAGAAGGGUUCAAGAGGAAAGGGCGUGGCUGCGUCCUGGUGACUUUUGCAUCUGCGCAGUCUGCGCGAAAAUUUAUGACGACUGGUUGCACGUUCUUCCCAAGUCCUCCGACGUAUUCAUCAUUAACGGACCUUCAAGCCGAAGGUGUUGUUAGCAAGCACCGAGUCGCUUUAACCCAACACAUCAAAGACUACGAUCCUGAGGAAGAAUUUGUCCUCAAUCUCGCCAUAAUUGCAGGCAAGAUGGACAACCUUCCAGAAAGUCCCGUCCCACGAAGAAAAGUAAAUACAGUUCUUCAAGUUGUCAAGGUUCCCUUGAGCAAUAAGCUCAAAGAGGAAACUGCACCCUCUCCUCCGAGCGAACCAAAGACUGAAACGAAGUUCUUCUAUCUCCCGAAGUGCUCGCGGCAUGAAUUUGUAAACGAGAAUGAAGCUCGCCGGCACUAUUGCAGGAACAUUUCGAAGAACUUGAAACAGUACGGAAUCAGGUUGAAAAAUGAUUAUCCUGAUAUAUAUAAUAAACUUUGCCUCUACGUGGAUCAGAACAUUCGCUUUACUGAACCCCUUACUGUGUACGGAAAUCAAGGAAAAAAGAUUGUUAUGUGCAAGAUCAUGCCUGAAGCUGGAGAUGAUGUGGUGAAGGACUGA